UUUUUCUCUAAUUGAUUCAAAGCCAAUUUUUAUUUGGCUGAUAGAUUUUUUUCUGCCUUUUUUCAUAUUCACACUACCUGAUCAAUCGUAUUCAAUAAAUGAUUAUGCAAUUUAAAUGAUGAAUGAAUUUUAAGAUUUAGGAGUGAAACAAAUUUGAUCCAAAUAUUUUAUCAACGUUUUUAUUAUAAAACAAGUGCAAUGUCAACAUUAUUAACUACGGAAAAAGAUAACUCUCAACAACAACAACAGCAAAUCCUGGUGUCUACAAACGAUUCGAAUCCUAAGGCAACAUUGUCAACGAAUUUGAUCAAUAUUGCAAAAACAACUUUGGCCGCUGUUGAAGCCAAUAAUCAACAACAAUAUAAACAUGAUAAUCAUUCUAUGGAUGAUCGGUCAUUUUUAUCCAUCGAUGAUCAACAACAAUUUUCAACUACGAAAAAGAAAUGUGAUACAUCAAACAAUUCAUUAUCGAAAAAUGAUUCGAAUCAAGAAAAGAAGCAUUCACCGAAAAAAAGAAAAAAAGAAACAAGAAAAGCUGAAAGAAUUUCCAAAUCAAAAUCAUCAAAUACUAAAGAUUCUGUAAUUUCGGAAUGUAAUAUCGUAUCAUCCAUACCAGGAAAAAGUGAGAGUAGUGCUACAUCGAACUAUCAUUAUCCUUAUCAUCAUCAUCAUCAUCAUCGCAGACAUCAUCAUCAAACAGUCGUACAGAAAACGGAAAAGGUGAUUAUUGAAACUCGCAAAUUGAGUGUUGUCGAAUCGACGGUGCAAUGUACAACGACGACUACUUCCCCUAGCCAUCAUCAUCAUGGCCGUCAUCGUCGAAAUCAUCACAAACAGCACCAGCAUCAUCAACACCAUAAUCCUUUGGCUAAUCUUCAUCGAAAACACCGUCGCCAUCAUAAACAUCAUGGUCGUCAUCUUCGUAAAUCCAAAUCUUUAUCAUCAAAAACAAAUGUACUUACAACGACGACAAGUACAUCAUCAUCAUCUGAUUUAAAAUGCCAUUUAAAAUCACUUUCGAUGCCGAUCUCACAAACAUUAUUAAACAAUGAAAAUAUUGAUCUAUCCAGCCAACAUGAAACCGGACAACAACAACAACAAAUUCAGAGCUUAAAAUUGUCAUCAUCAUCAUCAUCAUCUUCGUCGAAAAAAUCUCAUAAGAAAAAACAUUCUAGUCAAAAAAAACAACUUCAGAAUUUAAAUAUAUCCGGCAACGAAAUCACUCAAGGAACAAAAGCAGCAACUUCCAUUGAAACGAUAGAUAAUCGAGAAUCAAGCGGGUUUUUUGAACAGCCAGCCAACUGUGAUUCCUCAUCAUCAUCAUCGUCAUCAUCAUCUUCCUCAUCGUGUUCAUCGUCACCUAGUUCAUCAUCGACACAUUCCAAUGGAUCAUCAUCAUCAUCUUCGUCGUCCACAUCUUCGUCAUCAUCAUCAUCAUCAUGUUCUUCCGACAAUUCAGACAAUGAUGCUAAUGAUACGAAUCCUAAUGCAAUAAAUGCAAAGCGUCCAGUUAAACUAAAAUACUGUAAUCAUCAUCAUAAGAAAAAGAAGAAGAAAAAAACAAAAUCAUGUUCCGGUUCACAAUCGCCAUUAUCAUCAUCAAGAUCUAAAUCAUCAAAGUGUUCCACAUCAAGAAAUUCUUCUCGAUCAACAUCAUCUUCUGGAUCAUCAUCAUGCGAAGAAUCAGGAGAUGAAGAAUCCAAAUCCUCUAGUUCAUCGUCCUCAUCAACAGCAACAUCGUGCAGUUCUCGAUCCGAUUCAAGAUCAAAUUCAUCAUGUAUUGAAGAUGUAUUGACAAAAAUUUCUGUCGGAGGCAUAAAAUUGGAUAAUGAAAUUUCUGAAUCUUUGGUGGAAAAACAACAACAACAAACAACAAGUAAAACGACAAUUACAAUGAGCCAACAACAACAACAGCAACAACAUUCAUCCCUGUUUUCGGUUGAUACCAUUUUGCAACAAGAACAGCAGCAACAACAACAGAUAAAAACUACGAUGAAAACAACUUCUGAAUCAUCUUCAAGUUAUCAAUUUCAGUCCACGAUUCAACAAUCAGAGACAACAACCAAUGCUCAACAAUUGACAAAAGUAGAUAGUUGCUUAUCAUCAUCUUCAUCAUUAUCGAAUCCACCGGAUUCAAUGGUCGAAUCACCCAUUUCAGUGGAUAGCCAAAAAUAUGAUAAAUCAGCAACAUCAACGGCCACAACAACAACUAUGGUCAAAAAACGUGAUCCAGCUGAAGAACGACAAAGGCUACGCAGUUAUCGAAUCGCUCAUCAUCAACAAUCACAGAAUCCAAUAUUAUCAUCACAAAAACCUACAUCAAUAUGUGCUGUUUCAUGUUCGAUUUCGACAUUGACGACAUCAACUGUUUCAAGUUCUACAUCGGUAAAUGCUACUUCGGGUAUUAAAACAUCGUCUUCUGCGUCGAUAUCAUCAUCGUCAACGAAAAACUUAAUUCAAAAUGCCAGCAGUAAUCGUACGAUUUCGAAAUCCAUUAGCACCAAUAAAACAACAAUGAUGGCUGCCGAUAGUACCAGUAGCGAAACAUCUACAACAAUAAUGACCACUAAUAAUAAAAAAGAUCAAAUUCAACGAACUGUGGUCAACAAAAUUGUUCAACAACAACAACAUCAACAACAGACUGUUCAUCAUCAUCAAAAUUUGUUCCAUUCGACAAAUUUAUCAAAAUUAUCUUCCACGAAUAUUCUAUCAUCAUCAUCGACAACAGCCAAUACCAAUAAGUUUGUUCAGGUUACAUCACAAGCUGUAGCAGCAGCUGCUGCUAAUGCUGGCACUAAUUUUCUUAAUCCAUCUUUUUUUGUUCCUGGAUCUACGCCCACUUUUUCCACUGGAUUUCAUUCUGCAGCCAAUUUUCCAACAUUUCAUUCAGCAUUCAUGCCCACAAUUUUCAAUCAACAGCUUUCAUUGAACAAUGUUCAGUUUCCGGGCACUUCAACUGGUAAUAAAACGACCAACUCAACUAAUCAAUUAAUACCGACACGACAGAAUCCAUUUUUUCCAGUUCCAACUAAUCAUUCGCAACAACAAUCUCAAUUGACUAUAUUCACAUCUCCACCAUUACCGACCGGAUCAGCUUCUGCAGCUUUAUCACCUUUUUCUUUUCAAAGUGCAAUGCAACAUUCGACAUUAUUGCCAACUACUGCACAAUUUUCACCAUCAUCUUCAGCUACAUCAGCAACAACAGCAACUCCAUUACUAAUGCCAAAAUCUGCAUUGAAUUUCCCAUCUGCAACAAAUUUAACGUUUCCUGGUACUGAUCCAAAUUCUGCUGCUGCUGCUGCACAUUCUCUAAUGAUGUUCGGCCUUGCUUCAGCAAAAUCAACCACUGGUAAUAGUUCAUCAUUGUCCACUGCAUCAUCAAACACAAUAACGACAACAUCGCCUCCAUUUAUCUUACCUCGAAUCGUUCAAACAACUUCCUCAACUCAUAAUCUGACAGCUAAUGCAAAUACGACAGCUACAAUAGUAGCGAAAAGUUUAUCACAACAUAGUAACAAAUCGAAUAAAGAUAGAUUGAAUGCAAAACAAGUGGCCAAUUUAUCUCCUUCAAUACAUGAUGUAUCAAGGACAAAUUUCGGAACCGGACCUUCCAUAACGAUCUUACCAAAUACCGCAUCACCAAAUACACAUCCAUAUCAAGCAGCUCAUCAUCCACAUUCAGCUACGAAUCAACAACAUUCACCAUUAUCGACAUUAAUAUCACCACAAACAUUGCUGCUAUUACAAUCACCAUUAUCAACAGCGACCACCUCAUUUUCAACUAAACAAGUCGCUCAUUAUGUUUCGUCAUCUGCCUCGGUGAUCACUUCGAAUUCAAGCAAAUCGCUGACACCAAUUAAACCGGCAACAACAACAAUUAAUAUCGUAGGUACGACAGCUAUGAAUACUAUCAUGUCCACGCCAUCAAUUUCGACACCUGCCUUAACUAAAGCAGCUAUCAAACCAUUGGCAACUAAUACAAAUAGCGUAAUUUUAACUCCCAAUUCCGCUUUGCAUCAGCAUUUGCCAUAUACCUUAUUUUCACAACCAUCACCAGGUUUGAUGCAGCCUAUUUCUAUUCAAGCACCUCCUGCUCCAGCACCAUCUUCAGUUUUUGGAACACCAUUAUUAUUAUCAGUGAUUUCACCGACCGGUCGUAGUGGCCCGCAACAUCAUUCACAUCAACAAUCACAUCGAUCCAAUCUUUCAAGUCCUGUGAUAAUUGCCAAUGCUCCUGCAACAGCAACAACAACGUUAAUCGCUAAGAAUUCGGAUUCAAAAACACCAAAUCAUAUAAAAUCACGACAAUCUGAAUUGAAAAAUAUACAGCCCAAAGUUGAAAAAUCAACACCCAAAACAAUUCAACUUCCUGUUAAGCUUCCAGAAUCAAAGAAAUCACCAUCAAUCAAGUGCAAUAUACCAACAACAACAACAACAUUAAAUGAAAUUGUCUCCAAUACAUUAACGACUACAAUGACAACGAUGACUACCAUUCCUUCUCAAUCUUCGUACUCAGUUAAAUCUAUGAAUUCUACAAUUGAACAAUCUAUAAAUAAACAGCAACAAUCAUCAACACAAUCACAACCAGAUAUUAUGAUAAUGAAAUCACCACAAUCAGAAGAAUUUGAAAGUUUAGUUCGUUCGGUGAAAGAUACAAUUGAUUCCUUCAAUGCUGCCAGCUCUGGUUUAAGUGAUGUUGAUGAUAAUGAACAUCAGCAACAUCACUCUCCAAAACAAUUAAAACAAACAAAACAAGAACCAUUACCAACACUUCCAAAAGUGUUGAAACAACAAACCGGUGAUAACUUAUUGAAACCAUCAUCAGAUUUGCUUGUUUUUCCAAUUUCAACUACGAAACCGACACAAUUGCAUAAUAUUAAAAAUAUUCAAAAAGAAAUGGAUAAUAAACCAUCAUUACCAUCCAAAUCAUUGCCGUUAGAUGAUGGCCAAUCUGUAUGCAAUGAUAAAAUUGUUUCAGAUUUGGAGAAAAAGAACAAAAAAGAAAUGCCAAUCAUACAUAAUGUGAAUAAAACUUCGUCCAAGAAGAAAAAACAUCGUAAAGAAAAAAUACGAUCAAAAUCCCUUUCAUCGGAUAAUAAGAAACAUAAAUCGAAACAAAAUAAAAAACGAAGUUCAUCAUCAAACAAUAAUAAUAAAAAAGGAUUUCCCGCAUUAUCAGGCAUGGAUGGUAAAUAUUCAUCAUCAUCAUGUUUGGAAUCAUUUGAUCCGGCUUUGAUGAAUAAAAUUGUUCGUUUGCUUGAAUGUUUACAUAUAACUACAAACGGUCCAAAUAUUGAUCGUCAUGCAUUGCCUCCAUUAUUUCGACAACGUUCAUUCACGAAAACAUCAGGAAAAAUAUCUAAAUCUAGUCGAUUAUUUGGUUCACAACGACGAUCAUUUACAACAUUAGCAACGAUUUCAGCCACAUCCAACAUUCACAGCAUCGCCAUAGGCAACAAAAAUAUGAACAACAAUUGUCUGAAUAUUAAUGAUAAAAAUUCAUCUGAUAGUCAACGAUUAUUGCCGCUAAAGAAACGACAACAUCGACCUGAUGAACAAGAGCCGUCUUCAUGUUCAUCAUCAAAUUCGGAAACAUCAAAUAAUAAAAAUAAAACAUCAAAUAAUGAUAAUUUAAAAUCACCGAAUCAAUCACCAACAUCUUCCGUUACUGGUAAACAGAGAAAUAAAUCUAAAAGUAAAACACAAAAUUCAUCAUCAGAAUCGAUUCCAUCUGUUGAUUUAGUAUCAUCGCCAUCCACAAUGACAAUUACUACGAAUAAAAGUGUAAAAUCGGUUGGUUGUGGUCAUCCUCGGCCUUCUCCUUCUUCAAUAUUCCCUUUGCUAUCAUCAUCAGUUAUUAUUCAUGGAUCUAAUAUUCAUAAAAUAUCCGAAGAAUCAGUGCCGCCAUCGAACGUUCCAAAUACGAACAAAGAUAAUGUAGCAGCCGAAAAUGGUAGUAGCAGUUAUAAAAAGAAUAGACAACAGCAACGAGAAUCUUCUGCUUUGAUACCACCACCACUAAAUCCUAUAACAACAACACCACUACAAUCGUCCAUAGAUUUGGAAGGGAAAUUGUCGAAAAGACAUGCUGAUCCAAAUACAGCUACAGUAUCUGAUACUGUGUCAACUUCUAGCCGUAGAAGUGGUACAAAUACUAAGACGAUGAUGCUUGAGACGAGUCGAUCAAAUGUAUCGAACAAAAAGACGAUUGUAUCGAGUAGCCCAGCAAAACUGCAAGCACUAUCUUCAACAUCAACAAUAGCAACAGCAUCAUCAUCGUCAUCGUCGACGGAACAAAAAACCGCCGAAUCUCUCGUUGAUUUAUUGUCGAAUCGACAACAACCAAUAGAAACCGGUCGUAUUGUAGGUGUCCAGAAACGAACAAAAAUUCUACCUAUCAAAAAUAACACUGCCAUUUGUCGUAAUUUUCCAGAACAACAACCAGUAUCAUCAAGUGAUAAUGUUGAUUGUAGGAAAAAUAAUCAUUCGAAUAAAUGUGACUCAAGAAAUGCUGAUAGUUUAACAGGAUCACCGUCCAAAGUGACCGAUGUCGAUUUAGAUGAAGCCGAUGCUGAUGACGAAUUCGAUGAUACAGAUGACGAAGACGAAAAUAAAAAGACAACAAUCAAUGAUGAUUAUCGAUCGAAUGUUGAUAAGAGGAAAAAAAAGUGUGAAACAAAACGAAAACAAUUGCAUACAAAAAUUGUCAAACAGAAUUUAUUGAAGCACGAUAAACAAGAUAAAAACAUUAACAUCAAAUCUGAAGAAAAUUUAUUUUCUACGAAAAACCAAGAUCUCAAUAAUUCUAGUGUAAAUAUGUCAUGCCAAUCUAGUAAUGUUGGUGGUAAUCGUGCAGCAAAAUCAAGUGGCACAACUAAUGAAACAGCCAUAAAGUCUAAAUCCUCGAUGAACAAAAAAUCGAGUUCAAGUGAUAAAAAUACUGAAAAGGCUCAAACGUUUACCGUCGUAAGUACAAAGAAAAAUAACUCAAAAACUGAUGAAGCUCCAAAAAAAAGUACAAAUAAUGAUAACAAUAAAAAGAAACGACGACGUGUUUUCAACAAAACUGGAUUCACAAAACCAAGGAAACGUAACAAAACUGUUGCAAAUAAAAACAAAAAUCAAAGUUCUAUGAAUUUGAUUGAUUCGGCAGCUGAUCAAGUUAUUAAUGAUGAAACCAAGAAAAAUGUUUUAAAAUCAACGAAUAAGAAAUCAACGAAUCAAAAUAAAAACAAGAAAAAAUCGACAAAAAUUUUGAGUGAAUCCGAAACAUCGUCAUGGUCGUCAUCCGAAAGUGAUGCUAGUAAAUCUAAAAAGAAAUCGAAUAAAAACCAGAAAGUGACCAACUUUUCAGAUUCGGAUUGCACAAGUUAUUCAUUUCAAACCGGACAAUCAACUACAGCAUCAUCAUCUACAUCCAGCCACGAAGAAGAUGAUCCAGAUUAUCCUAUAUAUAUGGUUACUGCUCCUUCCAAUAAACAGAAUAAUCGACAUAAAAAAGUUUAUCCCAUCAAAUCAAAUCCAUUCAUUCGGCCGAUUCCAUCAAAAAAAUAUUAUCAAGCUGGACUUUAUUCUGAAGAAUUCAUUCAAUUACAUUCCGAUGAAUAUUUUGCUUCAAAAACUAAACGAGAUAAUACGACAGAUAAUGAAGAUAAAUCUUGUUCAAAUGUUCUAGUCAAGCACGAUGAUAAUUCCAAGACUACAUCAACGUCCGGAAGUGAUGAUAUUAAUAACAAAAAUGAAGUGCAGACAUCAGUGAAUAACAAAACGUUGCAGCCAAUAUUACCAUUUCCUCCGCUUUGUUUGCCAUCAUUUGAAACAGUUCAAUCUCCUUUGGUAAAAGAUGAAGAAAUCAAUAAUACAAAAUCUAUACAAAAUGCAAUGGUUCACAAAAAUAAAAUUGAUAAUUCAAUCAUCAAAAAAAAUCUCCCACAAGAUCCAAGUUUUCGACAAGAUUUUCAUCUCAGUUUCGAUAUCUGGUAUCAAUAUAAAUACAAUCCAUUUCCACUGUUGAUGAGUUCUGCCAAUUAUCGUCGUGUACGUCAAAAUGUUUUUGUCGAUGUCAAACCUGUAGCCACUGAUUCUCAACAAUCAUGUAAUUGUACGAUGCCAAGAAGUCCCAAUGAAACAGCAUGCGGUACAGAUUGUAUCAAUCGUAUGAUGUAUCAGGAAUGUUGGCCACAAACUUGUCCGGCGAAAGAUCGAUGUUCAAAUCAACGAAUACAACGUCAUCAUUGGAGUCCUGGAUUAGAACGAUUCAUGACCAGGCAUCGUGGUUGGGGAAUCCGAACAACGGAAAAUAUUCACAAAGGAGAAUUUAUUCUUGAAUAUAUCGGAGAAAUCGUUAGCGACCGAUUGUUUUUAAAACGUAUGAAUGAACGUUACAAUAAUGAUCAACAUCAUUACUGUCUGAAAAUUGAGCCUGGUGUUGUUAUCGAUGGUUAUCGUGUUGGUAAUGAAGGUCGUUUUGUCAAUCAUUCAUGUGAACCAAAUUGUGAGAUGCAGAAAUGGGCCGUUAAUGGAUAUUAUCGAAUUUGUAUGUUUGCUUUACGAGACAUUGAACCAAUGGAAGAACUAUUUUAUGAUUAUAAUUUUCAUAAUUUUAACGUCGAAACCAAGCAAAUAUGCCAUUGUGGUUCAAAUAAAUGUCGUGGUUUCAUCAAUGGAAAAAAUUCACUAAAUCCAAAAUUAAACAGCAAUGAAACAGGCUUGAGUCAAAUGGAUGUCAAUGUUCCAACUGAAGGACAGACAAUUGUUGCGGAAGAAAUAAAACCAUUAAUUGAAUUCCCUUAUGCCUUUCUUAAACCUUAUGCUCGUUUGCCGCCCAAUGAUCCACUUGGACGAAGUUUUGUAUUUGUUCGUCGUGCAACCAAAAAGAUCAAAGUGCCUGUAAGUCUUAUCAAAACUGGUAAAACUCAUAAAAAGCAAGACACUUCACAACAGGAUAAUUUGGUCGAAAUUUCCUAUGAUCCAAUCAUGUUGAAACGAAAAAUGGAGCCUCUUAGUUAUACAAAAAAACAGAAAAUACUCAAGGAUUUGUUGUUUAUGCGAAGAAAUUUCGAAAAAACGAGGCGAUUUUAUUUGGCCCUGCAAAACUUUCUAGAUAAUCAAGACAAUGAUCAUAAAAAUUUAUAUCGAAUCCGUUAUACAAGUGAAAAUGGAAACGGCUCCGAUUCGGAAUCUUCAACUAGUCGUCUAUUAUCAAGUAAUUGUUCAAUUAAAACUCGUGGCAUUUCACGUGUCGACAAUGAUCCAAACUCAAAAAUCUUGAAACUAACCCAGAUUUAUUCGAAUAUUUGUCGUGAAAUCGGUUUAUUCAUAUUGAAUAAAGUGUAUACUGUCAUUUUCACAGUUGACCAUUAUAAUACGAAUGGCAUCCAAAAAAAUGGUGGCGAAAAUUUUGUGAAUAAUGACAGAAAUCAUGGUGCUGUAAAACGAAAACGAAACAAAAUAAAUGGAUAUGAGAAUGCUAUUGAUAACAGUUUAAUCAGCUUUACUCCACUUAUUGACCAAAUUCGUGCUGGAAAAUUGAUAAAUUUCGAUUCAUUUGAACGGACUAUAAUUUCACAUAUUAAAGAACAGUUUCGAGAAUUGCGUUUGGACAUAACCAAUGGAAAUACCAAAUUGAAAAAACUUAAAUUAACUAGAAAUGGAUUCGAAAAAACCAAUGGAAAAACAUUAAAAUCAGCAUCUGAUUUGAUGAGUACUAUUGAUGAUGAUUUUGAAUCUGUUCGAAUCGACUGCGAUGAAAUUGAUUCAAUGGAACGUGAUGCAUACCAAUUGUUGUCGAAUAAGCUGAAGGAAAAACAAUCGAUCAUAAAAGACAUUGUCGAAAUAGAGAAUAAUUCGAGUAAUGACAAUGAUUCGACACUUUCAAAUUGCAUCAAAAAUAUUUUUGGUGAAAAAUUCAAAGAAACUAGAUUGUCCGAAGAAAAUCAAAAAAGAAUGAAAGAAUUCAUUGAAAUAUUGGUAUCAAAUGAUCCGAUUCAAGUAUCUGAACACUUUUUUCUCCCACGAAUUGUUGAAUCGUUUAUUCCUAAAAAGAAAAAGAAUGAAAAUGAUGGAAAUUCCGAAACCACUAGUGAUUCAAUAAUUCAAAAUGUACAAUUUAAAGAAAAGAAUACUGAAGAAGUGAUUCGUUGUAUAUGUGGAAUUCUUCGAGAAGAAGGUCAAAUGAUUCAAUGUGACAAGUGUGAGAUUUGGCAGCAUUUUGAUUGUGUUCAACAAUUUUCUCGGGUCAACUUGAGCGAACAUGAAUACGUUUGUGAAGUUUGUCAGCCUAGACCAGUGCCAAAGGAUAUACCAUUGCCCAAUAAUUUUCCCAAUUUCGAUAUGCCAUUUCCAAUAAAAUAUUAUCUAACAUUGGAAUCUCCAGUAGAAAAAGGUCUUCGAAUUCGACUUGGCGAUUGUGUUUAUAUAUAUCGUCAAUCACCGAAUCCGAUGACAUCGAAACAAUUAUCCGGAAAAAAGAAUGCUGAACAACAAAUAGAUGGUGAUCAUUUUAUUGAAACAAUUAAGACAGCAGCUGACAAUGCGAUCAAAACGCGAUCGCAUCCAUUUGAACAGCGUCAAUGCAUUAUUAUUCGUGUUCAACAUUUGGCCAUCAUUGAAAGUACUGGACAACGAAUUUUAUUUGGACAUCAUUACAUUUGGCCUUCGGAAACUUAUCAUGAACCAACACGUAAAUUUUAUCCAAACGAAUUGCUACGAUCUCCUCUUUGUGAAUGGGCUGCGAUGGAAGAAGUGCGAAAAACCUGUAUAGUGUUAGAUCCUUCAACCUAUGCAAAAGGCCGACCAAUUGGAUAUGACCCAGACGAUGUGUUCAUUUGUGAAAUGCGUGUUGAUCGUGGUGCUAAAUCAUUUAGUCGAAUUCCAAAAUCAGCACAUUUUCCAGUCAAUACUAAGAGCUAUGCCUUCGAAUUGUAUCCCGAAAAAUUGAAAAUCAAAAGAACUUAUUCGCCACACCAAGUCCCAGAAUCAGCUCCAAAGAAAACAAAAUCCAAUCGAAAAGAUAAUCAUAGCAAUAAGUUUGACGAUAAUAUCGACCAGGAUGACAAUACUCGUUCAUCGAUAACUUCAGCCAUUAUAAAGGUUCCUGAAAUUGACGAAAAAACUAAAAAAUAUAAAAUGAUUCGAUUAUGGAAAUUGACCAACAAACUCAACAAAAGAGCAUAUUAUCAAGAACUAUUGAAAGAACAACAAAAACUAGGAACGGAUUUAUAAAAUAUUUGAAAAUGAAUGAGCCAUAUGAUCACAUUUGCAAAUCAACAAUUGUAGAUAAUCAACUGCAUUAUAACCUCAUUAAUUUUGUUGCCUCAUAUCGACUUGAUUCUUUCAUUUUUGCUUCAUCUUCUUUUAAGAAAUCAAUCAUAAGUAAAUACGACGGAUCAGUAUUUUCA